UGUGUGCUUGAUGAUCUGUCACGAGCAGUAAGCUAGUUAGCUGCAGUAAUGGCUAAAAUGGAAAUUGCACCACUGAGACCCUGGGACGAUUUCUUCCCAGGGUCCGAGCGAUUUGCCAAGCCAGAUAUCAGUGAUUUAACAAAAUGGAACAAGAGGGUUGUUAGCAACCUGCUAUACUAUCAGACCAAUUAUUUGGCGAUGGGCACCGUCGUUUUUUUAAUUGUGGGGUUCUUGAACCCUCUGGGCAUGAUUCUAGGCGGCGCAGUUGUCACACUGGUUUUCAUGGGCUCGGUGUGGGUUGGGGAGAACAAGGCCAUGGUCAAGGACUUCAAGAAGAAAAACCCCACACUCUUUGUUAUUGCUGUAAUGGUCGCCAGCUACUUCCUCAUGUCCCUCUUUGGUGGGGUCAUGGUCUUCAUCUUUGGGAUCACGUUCCCACUGGUCUUGAUCUUUGUACAUGCUUCUCUGAGGCUGCGCAACAUGAAGAAUAAGCUGGAGAACAAGAUCGAGGGGGCAGGGCUCAAGAAGUCACCCAUGGGCCUCAUUCUGGAGGCAUUGGGCCAGCAGGAAGACAACUUCAACAAGAUCCAAGACUUCCUGGAGAGCAAGCUGAAGGAGUGAAGAGGACUGUUGACGGCCAGCGGAGGACCCCAAACUCACUCUGUUCUCCCGACACACUGGAAGCUGCAGGGCCAGAGCUGCCAGUCAUUAGUCGAGGCCCCGCCCCCUUUUGAGUCUCCUCUCAUGUUCUGUACGCUGACAAUUGGCAGCUCAUUCCCCUCAUUAUUGUUCCCAUUUCCGUGUAAAGAUCUGUAUGUUGCACUUUUUGGAUUCUUUUUUGACACGUUUGCCCUUUAUUUUCACUUUCAUGCAAGCUAGGAAUCGUUAUUGCGAUGGUUAGUGAGACAAGUUUUGCACAGUAUUCACAGUUUAUCUCCGUUGAUGUCUUGUGGGUGUCGUGUUUUAUUUUAAGAAGAAAAUAUUUAUUUGACAAACAUGCAAACUUAUAAGUUCAAAUCUCAGAAAGAGACCACAGUUCAAGACUUGAUCAUUGAAGUAGGACAUGACACAACAAAAAAAAGAAUGUUGGUGUAUUACAUCAUGCCUGAACCCUAUAUUAUAAAGGUUAUAUAGAUUAAAAAGAUGUGUAGACUAAUAGCAGCUCUAUAUUAUAUUUAUUGAACAUGAUGAUGAAAGAAACCAUGAAUUUGUGCUACCUCAGAAUGAUCAUAUUUGUAGAGCUACCCAAGUUCUAGUAGUGUCAUUUUCCCUAAACAGAUGUUUCCUCAAUACUUAUUCAAAUGUUGGUGUAAAUUCACAUUGUUAUCAACAGACUCCUCACUUGAGCAGUGACAGGUUAUAGCAGGUUGUCCUUUUUGUUUCUUUUGCUCUGGGGGGGGAAAAAACUAAGGCAGACUCUGGAAUUAUGGCUAUGCAAGGGGGUAAACUGGAUAAAUGGGGAAAAUUGGGGACGUGGAGCUUCUUCUUUUGUUUUAAAUAAUUGCAUUUUCAUCUAAAAUUGAAAAGCAGCAUGUGGAACUCCUUUCCCCAUCUAUUUAUUCUGUGCUCUGUUAUAGUCCACUGUGGUGUCACAGACAUGGAAAACAUGUAACAAAUCGGGUCACUUAGCAAUAAAGUGAAUUGAACUGAAAUAUGGCAUGGAAUGCAUAAUAAUAAAUUCCUCUCAGCUUUAACAUUACUGAAUAAGCUUUAAAAUGUAAUGAAAUGUAAAAAACAAAUGUUUUGUGUCUUCCUUCUCCAGUGUGUAUCAAGCAAUGCUUAAGAUGUAUCUACAUCGCUUAAAUUUUGGAGAUUAUUUUGAAACUAGACCUGUAGUGACAAGAACCUUUUAGAUGGUUUUCUGGAGUGAAUGCAUGUAAGUUGUACUUACUUUCAGAAGUGGUACUUCCAGUUUAGCAUAAUGCUCAGAAGAGCAGCCAGUUUCCAAGUGUUGCAAGAGCUCUCCUUUUUUAAAUAUAGAUACUGGUGACAGUGCUGUUGAAGAUGUAUUCAUAAACAUUAUUGCCUGCCACAUAAUAUUAAUGGUAUUUGUGUGUAUCUAUUUUGUAACUCCGAAAACAAUGCCUGGGUUUGUGCAUGAACCAUGUUGACAUGAAUAAAUCACAUGUCUCAGCCAAAAAGGUUAUCGGGGAAACCAUACACAGUGGCAUUUUAUACAGUUUGCUUUUCUCCAAUAAGAAAAAGAGUAGUUUAGACUACACGUGUGGAUUAAAAUGCUCCUUCUUUACUCCAUGCUAAUAAAUAAACUAAGAGCCCAACAACAUUGUUUUUUCUGUUUUGAGAAAUAAUAAUUGGAAAUGUGCAGCUUUACAA